UCCACCCACAUCUUCAUUGUAGGGGCAGUGAUGAAACCUGUGAUGAUGACUAAGGACACGACGAUACUUCCUUAAUGACUACAUUACCUGCCUUCAUUAAAGUCUUACUAAACUAGGUAACACCUGGCUGUUCAGGAAUUAAAUAAAAAGGUUUAAAAGGAAAAGAUGCGCGAGACCCCGUGGUACAGGCUGAUCAUCUUCCUCACAUGUCUGAUGAAGGUUACAGAAAUCCAAGCACAAUGUGAGAGACCUGAUGUUGGGGAAAACAGGCUUAUAGUCGAUGACUCGGGACAGAAGACAUACCCAAAUGGAUCUACAUUAACGUUCAAGUGUGCUACUGGUUAUCGGCCUGUGGAUUUAUCAGCUCCCAAGAUUAUCACCUGUGUGGGAACCCAAUGGACCAAACUGGAGCUUAAUUGCACAAAAAAGAGCUGUGGAGCCCUUCCUGAUUUCCCCAAUGGGAAAUAUACUUAUCCAGAUGGAAUUCUGUUCGGUGCAACCGCCAUCGCACAAUGUAACACAGGGUUUUCGCUUCUUGGAGAAAAUACUAGAAAUUGUCGUGAGAAUGGAUGGGAUGGGAGAGACCCUGUGUGUGAAGCGGUGAAAUGUGAACCACCUCCCAGUAUACAGAAUGGAACGUUUGAUCCCCUGGACGAUUUUUAUAACUAUGGACAAGCAGUCACAUACUCAUGUAUUAGAGAUUACAAUCUUAUUGGAGAAUCAACAAUAGUCUGUUCUGCUAAUGGAACUUUUCAUCCUCCUCCUCCUCGGUGUUUACUGGUAGAGUGUGAGGCACCUAACAUUAAAAACGCAGUUCGAGUUGAAGGAAAACCACCACCGUACAGAUAUAAAAAUUUCGUCCGAUACCAAUGUAAUAAAGGCUACAUAAUGAAUGGAUCUGGUUACCUGGUAUGUGAAGAAAACGGAUGGAAUCCACCUCCUCCUGAGUGCAUCACCCAAUGUGAGAGACCUGAUGUUGGGGAAAACAGGCUUAUAGUCGAUGACUCGGGACAGAAGACAUUCCCAAAUGGAUCUACAUUAACGUUCAAGUGUGCUACUGGUUAUCGGCCUGUGGAUUUAUCAGCUCCCAAGAUUAUCACCUGUGUGGGAACCCAAUGGACCAAACUGGAGCUUAAUUGCACAAAAAAGAGCUGUGGAGCCCUUCCUGAUUUCCCCAAUGGGAAAUAUACUUAUCCAGAUGGAAUUCUGUUCGGUGCAACCGCCAUCGCACAAUGUAACACAGGGUUUUCGCUUCUUGGAGAAAAUACUAGAAAUUGCCGUGAGAAUGGAUGGGAUGGGAGAGACCCUGUGUGUGAAGCGGUGAAAUGUGAACCACCUCCCAGUAUACAGAAUGGAACGUUUGAUCCCCUGGACGAUUUUUAUAACUAUGGACAAGCAGUCACAUACUCAUGUAUUAGAGAUUACAAUCUUAUUGGAGAAUCAACAAUAGUCUGUUCUGCUAAUGGAACUUUUCAUCCUCCUCCUCCUCGGUGUUUACUGGUAGAGUGUGAGGCACCUAACAUUAAAAACGCAGUUCGAGUUGAAGGAAAACCACCACCGUACAGAUAUAAAAAUUUCGUCCGAUACCAAUGUAAUAAAGGCUACAUAAUGAAUGGAUCUGGUUACCUGGUAUGUGAAGAAAACGGAUGGAAUCCACCUCCUCCUGAGUGCAUCACACAAUGUGAGAGACCUGAUGUUGGGGAAAACAGGGUUAUAGUUGAUGACUCGGGACAGAAAACAUUCCCAAAUGGAUCUACAUUAAUGUUCAAGUGUUCUACUGGUUAUCAGCCUGUAGAUUCAUCAGCUCCCAAGAUUAUCACCUGUGUGGGAACCGAAUGGACCAAACUGGAGCUUAAUUGCACGAUUUCUCGAAUUAAUCUCACCACAGCUCCACCAUCAGACAGCCCCUGUUUGAAGCCCUGUGGAAUAAUUAUAGCUGUGGUUGUAUUUCUGCUGCUGUCCUUCUAGGACCCAAGAACUAUCAUUCUGACUGAUGCCAAAUUGUUUUGAUAAGACUGAGGAACUCUUACAAUAUAGAAGUGAUGCCCAUUGAUUUUUUUACAAUCUUAGCGGUGAACUCUACUUUGUGAUUGCCUUUCAGGAAAGCUGUUUUCCUGAUUUUUAUAGAUUAGGUACAAUUUUGCACUGUGAUCUUUGUCUGGUAUGAGUGUGUUUUAAAUUAUUUUGUGUUAUUUAACAAAUAUAGUGUUAACUCUUUUCCCAGUUUUAAUGUUGUUUUCCUGCCAGAGAUGCUGCCUUCUGUAAAACAUCCAGUGCAGGGGACAAAGUAUUUAGAAAUUCAACAUCGAAAUGGUUAUUCAGUGGAGCACAAAAAAAGCACAAAAAUCAAUUCUAGAAUUUGGAAUUUGGUGUUUUUCUAAAAAAUUAGAUUUAAUGGACAAAAUACUGCACCUUUUUUGCUAUUUUUUUUGUCAUUGUCAUUUUGCUUUUCUUAUAAUUAGAUAAUGUAAAUAAACACAGAUUAGGAUGGAAGAAUGUCAUUGUAUUUCACUGCUAUGUAUUAACACAUAAGAAUGUAAAUCGAAAUCAAAAUUAACUGAGAGUCUGUAGAAAAGUUCAGGAUUUCAGAUUGCUUACUAUUAUAUAUAACAUUUGGACACCACAUGGCCAAAGGUAUAUGAACAUUGGAGAUAUAUGACCUUGUUGGACAUCCCAGUCAAAAACAUUACAGCAUUACAAAAUAUGGACUCUAAAAAUAUGGGGUUAUGACUGUGGGUGGUUCAAACACCUGUACUCAGUAUUUAGGAGGAGUGUCCACAGACCUAUUUACUCAUUAUGACUACUGAUACUUUUAUCCCUUAAUGUAAUCUCAUACCAAUAUCACAACAUUUGGAUUAAAAACACUCCAACACACAAUAACACAAAUCUACAAUACAAAAUCUGUUUGCAUUAAAUUUUUAUUUUGUAAUUA